UUGCUGCUGCUGCUGCUGCUUUCAGGAACAUGGCUAUAACUGCGGCGAACGGAAACUUAAAGACACACCUGAGCCACAAUGGACUGAAAUACGAGAGCAUCAAGAUAAACGGUUACCACAACAAGAGAGAGAAAAAUGUCCCGGGGACCAGUGUCGCCUCCGGGCAACGCAGACAGGAGUCCUUUGAACAGGCGCCCAUCUACGUGGCUGUCAUGACAUACGUGGGCUUUGGCAUUGUUACACUGUUUGGCUACUUCCGAGACUUCCUCAGAGCUGUGGGCUUAGAGAAGUGCCACCUUGCCCAGGAAAGAGAGGAACAGAAGGAUUUUGUUCCAAUGUAUCAGGACUUUGAGAACUUUUACACGCGUAACCUUUACAUGAGGGUACGAGACAACUGGAACCGCCCCGUCUGCAGCCUCCCCGGACCCGUGUUCGACCUGAUGGAGAGGGUGUCCGAUGACUACAACUGGACAUUUAGGUUAACGGGGAAGACGUUACACGAUGUCAUCAACAUGGGCUCUUACAACUACCUCGGCUUCGCUGAGAACAACGCUGAUUUCCUGAAAACUGUUGUAGACAAAACCCAGCAGUACGGGGUCGGGGUGUGCAGCACGAGGCAGGAAGUAGGUAACCUGAGCAUCCACGAAGAGCUGGAGCAACUUGUGGCUGAGUUCCGCGUGGAGUCUUCCAUGAUUUUUGGGAUGGGUUCCACCAACUCUAUGAACAUUCCUGCACUCGUCGGCAAGGGUUGUUUGAUUCUGAGUGAUGAGCUCAAUCACACGUCUCUCAUCCUCGGGGCCAGACUGUCAGGGGCGACUAUCCGGGUGUUCAAACACAACAACAUGCACAGUCUGGAGAAGAUGCUACGAGAAGCGGUGGUCUCAGGUCAGCCUAGGACCCACAGACCCUGGAAGAAGAUCCUCAUCAUGGUGGAAGGCAUCUAUAGCAUGGAGGGCUCAGUGGUGCGACUUCCAGAGAUCGUCGCUCUGAAGAAGAAGUAUAAAGCCUACCUGUACCUGGAUGAGGCCCACAGCAUCGGAGCGGUGGGGCGGUCAGGGAGGGGCGUGACCGAGCUGUUUGACGUCAACCCGGCCGACGUGGACGUGAUGAUGGGAACCUUGACCAAGAGCUUUGGGGCCGCUGGAGGCUACAUCGCAGGGAAAAAGGAGCUGGUCGACUACCUGCGCUGUCAUUCUCACAGUUCGGUGUACGCCUCGGCCAUGUCGCCUCCCGUCACCGAGCAGAUCAUGCGUGCCAUGAAGUGCAUCAUGGGAAAAGAUGGCAGCACAGAGGGCAUCAGGCGGGUCCGCCAACUGGCCGAGAACACCCGAUACUUCAGGGCCAGACUGAAGGAGAUGGGCUUCAUCAUCUACGGCAAUGACGACUCCCCUGUGGUUCCCAUCCUGCUCUACAUGCCCGGAAAAGUUGUGGCUUUCUCUCGCGAGAUGCUGGCGAGAAAAAUUGGCGUCGUCGUGGUCGGCUUUCCUGCCACUCCGAUCACAGAGGCCCGAGCUCGCUUCUGUCUGUCUGCAGGCCACACUAAAGCCAUGCUGGACCAGGUGCUGCACCAUCUCAACGAGGUCGGGGACGCUUUCUGCCUGAAGUUCUCACGGCGGAGAUACCCGUCCUGGGCCGAACUCCAGAAUGAGAAGAAGUCUGAGCCGAGCAGCUGAUGUAACCGACCUUUGACCUCUUUGAUUCACAAUGUCAAACCCGAGAGUCUGAGCGUCCUCGCCCACGCACGACGGAGAGGAACAGCGUGUGUUUGUCACAGCGGAGGAGGAGGAGCCACAUGAUUGGCUGCUGAUUUUUAUGAAACACUGUGAUUCUCCUCUGAACAUGCAGGGACUAUACUGCUGAAUAUUUGUGAACUCAAACAUGAAAUUGUUGCACAAGAAUCGCUUCCUAGGUCUUAAAGUCGAUUAAAUUAUCUGAUAUAUUUUAUAUGACGCGUUUUUAUAUAGAAAAUAAAUCACAUGCUGUCACAUUUUAAGAGUUUAGAUCCUCUGUGCUCGCAUCAUGACUUGUGGAACAUUUCAGUCCAAAGAGCCGACUCGUUAUUCUUUUUAACUCGUAUCUAUGUUGACACACUGGAACCUUUUUUUUUUUUUGUUGACGCUUUAUUUAAUUUGAGUGAAAGUUUUAAAACCUGACGACACGUUCUGAAAAAGUUGUGCACGUCUUUUAAGAGUUGUUUGUAAGGAGUCUCCUUUGAUUUGCCUUCAUGAAGAAGUUCUUAUUUUUUAUGCAAAAUGGCCGUCGUGGUUAGAAAUGGUCCCCUCUGGUGCGGUGAGAAAGGGUGUGAGGAUUUUUAUUGUUGUUUGUUUUUUUAAUAAAACAAAGAAACUGGAA